AUGACUUUUCAGAUUUGGGGGUGGCGAAGGGAAGACGCAUCUCAGGUUUUGGCCUGGGCGCCCCACGCCGAGAGAGGGGGAGCGAUGCCGUGCAAGACCCUGGCUACAAAAGACCCCACAGCUGUAGAGAGAGCAAACUUGUUAAACAUGGCUAAACUGAGUAUCAAAGGACUCAUUGAAUCUGCUCUCAGCUUUGGUCGCACUUUGGACUCUGACUAUCCCCCUUUGCAGCAGUUCUUUGUUGUUAUGGAACAUUGUCUGAAACACGGUCUUAAAGUAAGAAAAUCAUUUUUGAGUUACAACAAAACUAUUUGGGGCCCUCUGGAACUGGUGGAGAAGCUUUACCCAGAAGCAGAGGAAAUAGGAGCCAGUGUCCGAGACUUACCUGGUCUUAAGACCCCACUGGGUCGUGCAAGAGCAUGGCUUCGAUUAGCCCUCAUGCAGAAAAAAAUGGCUGAUUACCUGCGUUGCUUAAUUAUUCAGAGGGAUCUCUUGAGUGAGUUCUAUGAAUAUCAUGCACUAAUGAUGGAAGAAGAAGGAGCAGUAAUUGUUGGACUGCUGGUUGGUCUGAAUGUAAUAGAUGCUAAUCUUUGUGUGAAGGGAGAGGAUUUAGACUCACAAGUUGGAGUGAUUGAUUUUUCCAUGUAUUUAAAAAAUGAAGAAGAUAUUGGAAAUAAAGAAAGGAAUGUUCAAAUUGCUGCUAUUUUAGACCAAAAAAAUUAUGUUGAAGAAUUAAAUAGACAACUCAACAGUACAGUCAGCAGCCUCCACUCAAGAGUCGAUUCAUUGGAAAAGUCAAACACUAAGCUGAUUGAAGAGUUAGCAAUAGCAAAGAAUAAUAUUAUUAAACUCCAAGAAGAAAACCAUCAAUUACGGAGUGAAAAUAAAAUGAUUUUAAUGAAGACACAGCAGCACCUAGAGGUCACCAAAGUGGAUGUGGAAACAGAACUUCAAACAUAUAAGCAUUCUCGGCAGGGGCUGGAUGAGAUGUAUAAUGACGCCAGAAGGCAGCUUCGAGAGGAAUCUCAGUUACGACAGGAUGUGGAGAAUGAGCUAUCAGUACAAGUUAGUAUGAAACAUGAGAUUGAACUUGCCAUGAAGUUGUUGGAGAAAGAUAUCCAUGAGAAACAAGAUACUCUAAUAGGCCUUCGACAACAACUAGAGGAGGUUAAAGCAAUUAACAUAGAGAUGUAUCAAAAGUUACAGGGUUGUGAAGAUGGCUUGAAAGAAAAAAAUGAAAUAAUUGCCCAACUAGAAGAAAAAACCAAUAAAAUUACUGUAGCCAUGAGGCAGCUGGAACAAAGAUUGCAGCAAGCAGAGAAGGCGCAAAUGGAAGCUGAAGAUGAGGAUGAGAAAUAUCUACAAGAGUGUCUGAGUCAAUCUGACAGUCUGCAGAAACAAAUCUCUCAAAAGGAGAAACAGCUGAUCCAACUGGAAACUGAUCUGAAGAUUGAGAAGGAAUGGAGACAGACUUUGCAGGAAGAUCUUCAAAAGGAGAAAGAUGCCUUAUCUCAUCUUAGAAAUGAGACCCAACAAAUCACUAAUCUUAAAAAAGAGUUUCUUAACCUCCAGGAUGAAAAUCAGCAGUUGAAAAAAAUAUAUCGUGAACAAGAGCAAGCUCUUCAAGAACUUGGCAACAAACUUAGCGAAUCCAAACUUAAAAUAGAAGAUAUAAAAGAAGCUAACAAAGCAUUGCAGGGACUGGUCUGGCUCAAAGACAAAGAAGCAACACAUUGUAAGCUUUGUGAAAAGGAAUUCUCACUCUCUAAGAGAAAGCACCAUUGUAGAAACUGUGGGGAGAUUUUCUGCAAUGCCUGUUCUGACAACGAACUGCCUUUGCCUUCUUCACCAAAGCCAGUAAGAGUCUGUGAUUCCUGUCACGCACUGCUCAUUCAGAGAUGCUCAUCUAACUUGCCAUAAGAUUGCAGAACUAAAUCCUUACCUAUGAAAGUUUCUGCAAUGAAUGCAUACAAGGUAUCCAGACAUAAGCAGCCUUUAGUCAGUAUUGGUACCAGUUUAUCUUCUACAUAUUUAACUCAUGGGAAUUAUUAAGUUGUAUCAUUUGGUAUUUACUCAUUGUUACAUUUCCAACAGCAUGUUUUAAAAUAACUUUAAUUAUUACAUGGAAUAAUCAUGGAACCCUUCACUUCAUUUAAAGGCCAGAUAUAACAGCUCAAACACAUUUGCCUUAUCUUGUAAAAAGGCCUUCUUAAAAAUUAAGGCUUCAGAUUGUUUUCUUCUUGAAUUCUGUCAAGUUGGUAUUUGAUGGUGCCUGUAAUUCUCUUAAUGCACUUUAAAGCUUCCCUACUCUCAGAGAAAGAGACUGGAAAUGCACAAACUUUUUAGAAGUAUUCUCUAACUCAACAGAAUUAGUAUUUGGGUAGAAUUCCAUAUUCACCUGUAUUUUCCCUCCCUUUUCCCCCUCUUUGCAGUAGAAAAGGUCAGUAUUUUAUCCUACAAGAUUAUCUUUCCAUCUUUUCUAAACAACCAUUGUGCUUGCUGAUACUUUUUCGGAGUGAUUUGGUAUUUACAAUUUACUUCUAAUCUUGAAAGGAACUUCCUCUUAAGUUAUUUGCAGAUGUUCUUGCGUGUGGUUACCCCCUUCCCCCAAACAUGAAAACAUAAACCUGCACCAGGGGGGGAAAAUGUGUAUUAAUAUGGAAUUACAUGUUUAAACUUUACCACUGAUGACACAGAAUUGAGAGUUCAUGCAGACACAAUCAACCUUAACACUAAGUUAUAUUGUUUAUACCAUACCAAGAAUUUAAUAUGAAGUUGCCUGUGUAUAAGAAAACAAACUCCUACUGACACUAUUUCCUUUUUUAUUUAUCUAAUUUUCAGCCAUGCACUUUCAAAAACUACAUAGAAACUUUACAUUCCUAAGAACAUUACACUGAAUGAUCAAUCAAAUGCCUUCCUGACCCCCAAGUACUUUUAUCUGGUAGGCUCUUUUCCAUGUGACCAUCUCCUUUAAAUUUAACUAAAUUGCCAAAGAAAGGAACCAAUGUUUUAGCUGGGCGUGGUGGCACACGCCUGUAAUCCCAGCAGCUUGGGAGGCUGAGACAGGAGGAUCUUGAAUUUAAA